GGCUCGUGGCGAGUGGGCGUGAUCUCCUCCCCCCUAUCCGCGUGGGCGGCCCCGUGCUGUAGAGAGAGAAGGAAACACGACACCCCGAGAGAGGCGAGAGAGAGCCGGGGGGAGGAGAAAGUACAGAGUGAGUGGAAGAAGAAGAAAAAGUCGGCAAAAACAGAGAACGAGAAAAAGGGGGAUUCACUCUCUCUCUGUCACAGUGAGUUAUCGGCGACGAAUUGUUGUGAUUUCUGGAAAGACGUGGAAUAGAGAUUACACGCAACUGCUCAGUACAAACUGGCAAAACAACAACACAAUUCAGUUUCCCGGUCGUCCAUUGGGACCACUGGCCCGUGUAUUUCUCUGCAACUUCGGCUUAGCGGAGUGACUGCGCGCUAGUCCAGGGACACGUUCAGCGUACUGCAGUUUUCAGAAAACUACAAAGCAACACAAACUCUGGGGAACCGUAGGGGGCCUGGGAAGUGCGAGUGCGGUGGGGGUGUCUGAACCAGCGAGUAAAACGGAAGCAAACCAGCGCAAGAGGGGGACAGAAAGAAAAGUUUCAGUUUUGCGGCUGAUACGCUAGGAGGAAACGAGAGGAGGAGGGAGGCCGACUUUCACCUCCCGAAACAACUGACCCACCUACAUUCAUCAUGAAAACCCCGGGAGAUACGGGGUUCGCCUUCCCGGAGUGGGCCUACAAGCCCGAGUCGAGCCCCGGCUCGCGGCAGAUCCAGCUGUGGCACUUCAUCCUGGAGCUGCUGCGGAAGGAGGAGUACCACGACGUCAUCGCCUGGCAGGGCGACUACGGCGAGUUCGUCAUCAAGGACCCCGACGAGGUGGCGCGGCUGUGGGGCGCGCGCAAGUGCAAGCCCCAGAUGAACUACGACAAGCUGAGCCGCGCGCUCAGGUAUUACUAUAACAAGAGGAUCCUGCAUAAGACUAAAGGGAAGAGAUUCACCUACAAGUUUAACUUCAAUAAGCUGGUGCUGGUGAAUUACCCCUUCAUUGACAUGGGGUCAGCAGGCAGCGGUGUUCCUCAGAGCGCCCCCCCGGUCCCCUCGGGGGCGGGCACGCACUUCCGCUUCCCGCCGUCCACGCCGUCGGACGUGCUGUCCCCGAGCGAGGAGCUGCGCAGCCCGGUGUUCAGCGCGGCGGCCGGGCGCCUGGCGCGCAACUCCAUCAGCGACUGCAGCGACGGCACGUCCGUCAACUCCGAGCUGGAGGAGGGCGGGGCCGACGAGCGGGGCGGCGACCGGGGCUUCCGCGGCGUCCUGCACCCCCGCCUCUCCCACGACUCCCUGUUCCGCCUGUACGGGGCGCCCCACCCGCGCGGCCACCCCGCGCACAGGGUCCACCCCGACCCCCUCUCCCCCUUCCCCGUCUCGCCCCUGCCCGGCUCCGGGGGGGCGGGGCUGCUGGCCCCUCCCCUCUCGCCCGCCCUCUCCAUGACGCCCUCCUCCCACCUGCCCUACACGCCCUCCCCCUCCCUCAGCCCCAUGCUGGGCUCCCACUUCUCCUUCAACCCCGAGGACAUGAAGCGCUACCUGCAGGCCCACACCCAGAGCGUGUACAACUACCACCUGAGCCCCCGCGCCUUCCUGCACUACCCCAACAUCAUCAUCCCACAGCCGCAGCGCCCCGACAAGGGCCCCGCCCACCACGCGGCCCUGUCGCACGCGCACGCGCACGGGCACGGCCACGCCCACCCGCACCCGCUGCACCCCGGCGACGACCCGCACCUCUCGCCCUUCAAGUUCAAGCUGCAGCCGCCGCCGCUGGGCCGCAAGCAGCAGCGCGACGGGCAGGGCCAGGGCCGGGCCGGCCCCAGCGGCUCGGGCUCCGCCCCCUCCGCCUGCGGCUCCGCCCCCUCCGGCCUGCCCUCCCCCUUCUCUUUCGGAGGCGACCUGGGCUCUGCUGGGGGCUCGGGCCUGCUCUCCAGCUCCUCCUCCUCCGCCUCCCUCAACAGCACCGGCAGCCUGCCCAAGAUAAAGGUGGAGCCCAUCUCUGACAUGGAGUCUGAGGAGGAGGUGGAGGUGACUGACAUCAGCGAGGAGGAGGCGGAGCUUGAGGACGGGCUGGAGCCCUUCCCCCCUCACCACCGGCGGGACCAGCGGCCCAACGGCAUGCCGCUGCCGCCGCCGCCGGCCGACGACGACCUGGACGAGGACGUGUUCAAGACCCCCGCGGCCCCCCCGCCGGCCCUCCCGCCCUUCCCGGGGCCGCCCGCCGAGGCCCGCCGCCCCCCCGCCCUGAAGAGCGAGCCGGUGGAGCCCGGAGACGCCCCCCCGGGGGCCAGCACGGCCGCCGGCCCCGCCCCGGCCACGCCCGGCGGCUCCAGGUGCAUCCCCCUGAAGCUGCGCUUCAAGCGGCGCUGGAGCGAGGACCAGCGCCUGGAGGCCGGCGCCGACGAGGCCGACGACAAGAAGGCCCGAGCCGACCCGGGGGAGCGGGAGGCGGAGCCUAGCGGAGAGAGGGAGGAGAGCAGGGCCCCGGCCCCGCCCCCGCAGGCCCAGUGCAGGAGCGAGACCUCCUGCCCCUCCACCGCCGAGCCUGAAGAGGGCGCCGGUCCAAACGAGGAGAGGAGGAAGCCGAAGCUGUGGCUGAACUAGCGGCUCUCCGGUCCGAGCCCCACCCUGGCCCCGCCUCUGCUCUCCGGAAGGCCCCGACCUCCGUGAAACGGGGGGUUUUAUUGUUGUGUUUUUAGACUCUGAAACGCGGGAUUUUAAGUGCCUGUCCUCGUACACGUCCGCUCACACACCACACUGAGGAGAGCGAGGCCAUUACAGGGACAGCUCCUGGACCGGUGGGCUUAUCGGGACGACAACCUUUUUUUUUCGCGGCUUGGUUUGCGUCCGCUCAGAGGCGGGUGGCUUUCUGAUCAGCUGACUUUGAUUCCACGAACGAACCGGAACAGUUGGGGUUGGGGUAGAGGGGGCGGGGCUAAAUCACCUGACUGGAAGGCCCGCCCCUUUCUGCAUACAUCCAGGCGAGCAUUCAGACAGCUGAGAGCAGCGCUGCAGGGCGGAGUCAGGGCCGCUUCACGUUUCGGCUCCUCCCGCCCGUCUCAGCCUCCCACCCCCCACCCAGGGCCC